GAGCUGGUGUGAUUGGAGGAGAGAGUGUGGAGCUGCCGCUGACAGAAGCCGACCGAAUUUUGCUGCACAAACGGUGAACUUUGCAAACUCCUGUAACGAUGGCUGAUGGAAAGAGUGGGUGUGCAAAAGGUUUCUGUGAUACCACCAUUCACGUGGAUGUGAAGGAUUAUUAUGGCAAGAGGCUGCAGAAGACCUCAGACCUGCAGAGCAAUGCCUGCAUGACUCCAGCCAAGCCCAUCCCUGCCUUCAUUCGCGAGGCUCUGAAGAAAGUCCACCCUGAAGUCUCUGCCAAAUACUAUGGCUGUGGUCUGGUGGUGCCGGAGUCCUUGGAGGGCUGCAGGAUCCUGGACCUGGGCAGCGGCAGUGGGAGAGACUGCUACAUGCUGAGUCAACUGGUUGGCGAGAACGGACAUGUCACCGGCAUUGACAUGACUGAAGGCCAGCUGGAAGUGGCCCGGACAUAUAUAGACUACCACAUGAAGGAGUUUGGCUACAAGAAGGCAAAUGUCGACUAUGUCCAGGGCUACAUCGAGGCCUUGACCGACGCGGGUCUGGCAAAGAACUCAUUUGACAUCAUUAUCUCCAACUGUGUGGUAAAUCUCUCUCCGGACAAGAAGCGUGUUCUGGCUGAAGCCUACGAUGUGCUGAAGGAUGGUGGAGAGCUGUACUUUAGCGACGUCUACUGCAGCGCAAGACUAACUGAGGAAAUUAAAAAUCACAAAGUGCUGUGGGGUGAGUGUAUCGGCGGAGCGCUCUGGUGGAAGGAUCUGCUGCAACUGGCUGACGAUGUGGGUUUCAGCCCCCCGCGGCUGGUCACAGCUGCCAUCAUCACUGUUGAUAACAAAGAACUGCAGGACAUUCUGGGUGACUUUAAGUUUGUUUCUGCCACGUACCGCCUGUUCAAGGUCCCCAAAGGCAACGACAAGCCCUGUCUGAUCAUGUAUGACGGAGGCAUUACGGGCGCAGAGAGUUGCUUCGAGUUCGACCAUCAGUACACCUUUAAGGCCAAUGACGUGGUGCAGGUGGAUGGAAAGGUGGCCAGCAUCCUGACCCACUCCAGAUUUGCAGAGAACUUUACCUGCCAGACACCAGGAGGCUCUUCUCAGUCCUGCGCAGCCAAACCUAAGGCAGAAAUUGUGGAUCCUUUCGAUCUGGCCCUUCUGGUGGACAAGCAAGGCCCAGGCUCCACCACUGGGGGAUGCUGCAGCACAAAGUCUUCUGCCUGCUGCAAAUAAUCGUGGGAAGAGCACUGAGACAUACAGGCCCAGCACCAUACUGUGCACACAUAGUGACAGUAGUUCACCUGUACUGAUCCAAUGAUGCCUCCUGCAGCGUAAUUAUAUUGUUUUAACAUUUCUAAUGAAAAAAACAAAAAGGAAUUUAAUUCUUGCUUGCACAUAAACAUGUUGCUUAAUGAUGCACUUUUCCUUGUUAAUCUUUUCUAAAAAGAUGAAACACAUAUGCUGCAACAUAGAGUGAUCCCAGAUCAGUAAAAAUGUUUAAAUAUUUGUUAUCAGUUUUGAAAACUGCAAAAGAGUAUGCUAACUUUUUUCUUGUAGCUAAUUUUAUGCUAUCAGCCUACUGUGUUAGAUAUCUUAAAUUCACAUUCAAAGCAAAUCACAUCUUCACCUGAACUUUGUAUUAACAAAUGAUACCACUUAUGUUAUACUGCUACAUUUAAUAGAUUUUUUUUAUUCAGCAUAUUGGCAGGUUUUUAAUUAUUGUGGGCUUCAAACACUGUCAUAAUUAGUAUCUGCUUAUUAUGUCAAUUUGAAUAUGUGUUUGCUCUUAUAGAACAAUAAAUAUUGACAAUCAAGUGAA